CCGAGUCAGGCAGCUCGGAGCGCUAGUAACUCGAGUAUCACCGGAGUGAAAAGACGCGUAUCGUGCCUUAUCAGUUCAAAACUCUUUACGUAAAAGUAUCGAUGUUUUUGAAUAAAAUACACAUUAUACUCAAGUCGUGAUAGUGAAAAUUGUGUUCAAGUGCGAUAAAUCAAGUGAUUCGACAAUCAAAAGUGUGAAUUAAUCUGUUUUAUCGUGAUUUUAAAACAAAAAUCGCGGGUAAAACAUUUGUAUUAACGGAACUGAAUCGUGUCGGAUUUUUCUGCUGAUAGUAUUGGGUUAUUCGCAUAAUGACUAUGUCGUGGUGACAACGGCGUGAUGAUGAGGCUCGACGCACCGGAGAAGCAGCACAGAUAUCACAAUCUGUUGCACGACGACCAUGCCAAUGAAAUGCUAGAAGGUGAGGGUGCGGGGCUAGCAGCCAGGGUUGCUGAGCUGGAGGUGCGGUGCGCUCGUCAAGCCGAGGAGCUGCUCUGUCUCCGGUCAACCCUCGCUGAUGCUCUGAGGAGGCUCAACGCUCUCGAAGGUCGAGCUCCCACCGCACCCAGCGCGGGACAGAGAAAUGGUGCUUAUUCUGGUUCUACGGGUACCCCGACGAGAGAGCUACGACUGAAGCAGCCGUCCUACCGGGAAACUGCCAAGAGGACCUCCAGCUACGGCUCCAAUAUAUCCUCACUACCACAAAGACGCGGUCCCCAGCACCAGUCAACAGGGUCACUGCAGUCGGACUCGCCAGCAUCUUCCUCAUCGCUGUCACCAGCCCCGUCACCCUCGCCCCGCGCCACUCCAGCACCACACCAUGCGCCCUUACAGCCCUACAGAUCACGAAACAACUCUACGUCCAGCAACCAGAGCGCCUCGCCCGGGGUCAACAACCUCACCAAGCGCUGGAACUCCACCGGAGACUUCAACGCCCAGGGUCUGCUGCCCAGCACCAGAUUCACUACAACAAAAUCGUUGCUAAACCUAUAUUCUAAGCCGUCACAAAAUGGACCGAUUCUGAAACAUGGCACCCACACAUGUCAGUACAAUGAGGAAGAUGGUACGAUGCGCAUGUACCUGCGAGGCCGGCCUGUGGUGCUGUAUGGGCCUAGCGAGCAUGAAGGCCUGGACCCCGCAAAGGUCGCUCCACCGCCACAAAGCAAAUUGAAGCUGGAAUGGGCCUAUGGAUACAGGGGCAAGGAUUGUCGCAGCAACCUGUACCUGCUACCUACAGGCGAGAUAGUGUACUUCGUGGCGGCCGUGGUGGUGCUGUUCAACGUGGAGGAGCAGUGCCAGCGCCACUACACCGGCCACACAGACGACGUCAAGUGCCUAGCCAUACACCCCAACAAGCUGAUCGUGGCCAGUGGCCAGUGUGCCGGCCAUGACCGGCUUGAUGCUAGGCCACACAUCCGCGUAUGGAACUCAGUGUCCCUGGCGACGCUGGCGGUGCUGGGCGCAGGUCACAUCGAGCGCGCAGUACAAUGCCUGUCCUUCUCCCGAGCUGAUGGCGGCGCCCUACUGGCUGCCGUCGACGAUGGACCUGAUCACACCAUCUCCGUCUGGGACUGGCAAAGAGCUGAUAAAGGACACUGUCUUGCUGAGACCAAGUGCUCAGUAGACACGGUGGUGGCGUGUGAGUUCCACCCACUAGACCGCAACCAGAUAGUAACGUGUGGUAAGAACCACAUCGCAUUCUGGACAUUGGACCAGACCAACAUGCUGUACAAGAGGAUGGGAGUAUUUGAGACACGGGACAAGCCUAAAUACGUUACCUGCCUCGGGUUCAACCACAAUGGCGAUGUCCUAUCCGGUGACUCAAGCGGCAACAUAGCAGUUUGGGCUCGGGGCACUAACACCGUAGCCAAACUGGUUCGUGGGGUCCAUUCGGGCGCCGUAUUCUCACUGUGCGCCCUCAAGGAAGGCGGGGUUCUUUCUGCUGGAGGCAAGGACGGCCGUCUUGUAUUGUUUGGACCUGACCUGAGUCCUACGGGACAGGAGGCCGCCAUAGAAGGCCAUUAUGGAGGCGUCCGUGUUGUCGCUGAGGGAAGAGGUGACCAGCUCUACGUUGGAACCACAAGGAACUGUAUUCUACAUGGAGAUAUGCAACUUGGAUUCUCGCCUGCUGUGCUUGGUCACGUGGACGAGCUAUGGGGCCUGGCGACGCACCCGUCGCUGGCGCAGUUCGCGACGGCUGGCUGGGACCGGCUGUUGCAGCUGUGGGACGGACUCUCGCACUGCACCGUCUGGAGCAAGGACAUCGAGGAGCGUGCGCAAUGCGUGGCGUGGUCGAGUGACGGCGGAGUGCUGGCGGUGGGCUGCCUCACUGGCAAGUGGAGGGUCUACGACCCUCACUCGCGGGACCUCCUCGCAGAGCAUACUGACGGGAAUGAGCCGAUCCAAACGAUUCAGUACUCCCCGGACAACUCGAUGGUAGCUCUCGGCUCUCGGGACAACUUCAUCUAUGUCUACCGCGUCGAGGACAAUGGCGCUCGGUACAGCCGACUCGGGAAGUGUCUCGGCCACUCUAGCUACAUAACACACUUGGACUGGUCUGCAGAUAGCCAGUACAUUAGGAGCAACUCCGGGGACUAUGAAUUGCUUUACUGGAACGCGACGACAUGUCGCCAGAUCCCGCAGCCGACGUCGAUGCGCGACGUCACGUGGGCCACCAACACUUGCCCCAUCACGUUCCAGACCAUCGGAGUCUGGCCUGAGAACGCAGACGGCACUGAUAUUAACACAUGCACCAGGUCCCACGACAGUCGCCUGGUGGCUACUGGCGACGAUUUCGGUAAAGUGAAGCUCUACGCUUACCCUGUCACCCAGCCAAAGUCGCUCUGCCACCAGUAUGGCGGACACUCGUCUCACGUGACUUGCGUUCGAUUCCUGCCUGACGACUCGCGUCUAAUCACUACCGGGGGCCUCGAUACCAGCGUAUUGCAAUGGGUCGUCGACUAAUGAGAUAUGGGACAGCACUAAAGUAUGCGGAGAUUUAUACUAAGAGAUAGUAGAGUAAAAUGAAGAAAGAAACAUUAAAAAAUGUCGAUCCGCCAAAAUAUCGAGAUAAAAAAAGUCACAAUUUUACGCGCAUCAUUUUAUCUUCGUCCCUUUGUAUAAAUCCCGGCACAAAAUCAAGAAAUAAAUCCAAGACCAAUAUUUGUGAUUACGUAACUAAAAAUCAAGGUAUCCAAUCACUUUUUGACAUUAUAGUCAUAUUAUACACGUUUAACGACAAAAUCAUUCAUAAUGCUUAUUUUAAUUAGCACUCAAUUAAAGAUUGGUUUGUUUAAUGAAGUCAAAUUGUAACCAAGCCAAUCUCUAAUUGUGUAUUCCUGAGUAGAGAGUAUUAUUGCUGAGUCACUAAAUGUGCGCUGUUUGGAUACUUGUGAUUUGCGAAGCUUAUUACAAAGCCUAUUUGAUGAAUGUUAUUUCAGUUUAUAUGCAAAUCGUGCUGUAUUCUUAUAUGUAUAUUUAAAUUAUUGUAUGUACACUUAACUAGCGUUGCAUAGGUAGGUGCACGGUUGUGAUCGUAACGAGCUAAAUAGAAGGACGAUUUAUUUGUAAACAUUUGUUUUUGAUGAUAAUACAAUUUUAAUUUAAUAAUCAAUCUAAUACAACAACAAUACAAAUGUUUACUGAUAAAUAUAAAUAUUAAGGGAAUCCGUCGAUUUUUAACACUAAGUGUAAAGCGUGUAUGGCAACACUAACGUUUUAACGAAAUACACACACUGGAACACUAAGUAGGUUUUAUGUGAUUGAGCUUUUUGGCGCGUAAUUUUAAUAAUUUAGGCAUAAUAUAAUUAUGUAUGUACACAAUAUUUUACAUUAUAAGUGAUAAUAAGAAAUUUUAAUACAAAUUAGAUUAUUUUCUUUUUAUUUUAUUAUAAGAUCUGCGUUUUGUGAACAUUAAUUUUAAUUCAACUGUCUGAUCUAGAUGUGGUCGGCAGCCAUUUUAAGUUAGUAAUUUUAUUUUAUUGUAUGAAUGACACGAAGUUAAUUGUAAUUGUUUUUAAAUAAUAGCAACAUGUGUUAUGUUGAUGCAGCUUACAGUACAAAGAAAACACUUAUUAUGUAGUCCACUGAGACAGUAAGCUUAACCAUCCGACGUUGUUCAGCGGGUGUGACGUACCUAAAUCAUAGAGCAGAGAAGGGCUAAAUCAGUUAUUAAUAAACUAUGAAGGAAAAAAGUAAACUGAACAAUGUAACAUUAAGUUCGAGUACAUUCCACGAGCAAGGCCUAACAAUAUAGUUUUGUUUCAGUAGGAUCGUUAAGGUUUAGUAGCCUAGUCACUGCGACAUCCGCAUCGGUGUAAUUUCUCACGUAACGUAGCACUAUAGUUAUUGUAUUUGUAAAUAUAUUGUACGACGGCACCGCCGUCUGUUCAUUGUGCCUCCAAUAUAAUUGAAUAUUUCAAACUGCUGCUGUUUUAUUUUGAAGACCC